UGGCGAUCCACUCUUGGGGCUAUGCGUGUAUUACAACUUAUUAUAAGAUUAAGAAUGAUAACAGAAUACAACUAUUUGAUUAAAGUAGCUAAUUGUUGGUGGUGGAUGCUGUUGACUAGGUCUAGUCUAUCAGUAUCAACUCAAAAUUAAGCAUAACUAGUACUAGUAGAGAUAGCCAUUGUGUGGUUCUGUACGAAUAUCCGAAACUGUUCAAAUUCAAUAUUAUUAUUACCUAUUAGUAUGAGAAGGGGACUACAUAUUGCAUAAGACUAAGAACAAGUCAAGAACGAGGGUCAUUUUAGCAGAUAUAAUCAGAACCGUGUGAAGGAUGAUUGAACCGCUUAUGCAGAAGCUUUUGACUAAAAAAAUUAUACUUGCAAGCAGUUCACCAAGACGAAAACAAAUUCUUCACAACAUUAAAUUUCCAUUUGAAGUUGUUCCAUCUACAUUUGAAGAAAACUUGGACAAAACAUCUUUUGAUAAACCGUACGAUUAUGUACAAGAAACAGCUUACAGUAAAGCUCUGGAAGUGUUUAAAAGACUUGAGAAAGAAACAAAGCAGCCAGACUUGGUAAUUGGAGCAGACACAGUGGUGACAAUGGAUAGCAUAAUAUUUGAGAAACCUCGAGACGAAGAAGAUGCAUUCCAGAUGCUUUCCAGGUAUUUUUUUUCAUAGGACACGUGAUUUACC